AUGAAGCUGUCUCCAUUACGCAAUGCCGCCAGGAGAGCGCUGGCGCCCUCCAGGACAUCCUGCCUCACAUCUUCGCUCGCCCCGUCCCUGACGCUCCUCUCACGAAACUACUCCUCCCAUGCUCCCAAUGCAAAGCUCAACCUUCCGAUAGACUAUGCGACAACGUCCCUCCUUGCCCACUCGUCCCAGACGGCGCUGGCCACGACCGAUCUACCCCCCGAAGCCCGCGCCGGCCCCACAAAGAAGAUGAACCUCUUCCAGGCUGUCAACGACGCUCUCUCUACAGCCCUCGCCCAGGACGAUGCAGUCAUGGUCUUUGGCGAGGAUGUCGCCUUUGGCGGCGUCUUCCGCUGCACGAUGAAGCUCGCCGAGACAUACGGCAACGACCGCGUCUUCAACACACCUCUCACCGAGCAGGGCAUUAUGGGCUUUGCCAUUGGCGCCGCCGCCGAGGGUAUGCGUCCCGUCGCCGAGAUUCAAUUUGCCGACUACGUCUACCCGGCCUUUGACCAGCUUGUCAACGAGGCGGCCAAGUACCGAUACCGCGAGGGUGCCUGCGGCCGCAGCGUCGGCGGUCUCACCGUCCGCAUGCCCUGCGGCAGUGUCGGCCACGGCGCCAUGUACCACUCCCAGUCGCCCGAAAGCCUGUUCACCCACAUUCCCGGCCUACGCGUCGUCGUGCCGCGCUCGCCACUCCAGGCCAAGGGUCUCCUGCUCGCCGCCAUCCAGAGCAACGACCCCGUCGUGUUCAUGGAGCCCAAAAUCCUCUACCGCGCCGCCGUCGAGCAGGUCCCCACCGCUCCCUAUACGCUGCCCCUCGGCAAGGCCGAGAUCCUGAAGGAGGGCAAGGACGUCACUGUCAUUUCGUAUGGCCAGCCCCUGUACACGUGCAUGUCGGCGAUUCAGCGUGCUGAAGAGGAGCUCGGCAUCUCCGUGGAGCUCAUCGACCUGCGCACCAUCUACCCCUGGGACAAGGAGACGGUCUUCAACAGCGUGCGCAAGACAGGCCACUGCGUUGUCGUGCACGAGGCCAUGGUGAACGCCGGCACGGGCGCCGAGGUGGCAGCCGCGAUUCAGGAGGACCCCGACACGUUCAACCGCCUCGAGGCGCCAGUGGCGAGGGUUGCUGGUUGGAGCAUCCACACGCCUCUGCUGUAUGAGCGUUUCAACGUGCCAGACGUUGCCAGGAUAUACGACAACAUCAAGCGGGUGCUGGAUUACUGA